CUGCCCACCGUUGCUAAGGCUACCUCUACCACACAGGGUGAGCGGAUGGCGCCGGGGGACGGUGGUGAAGAAAUGCCGAUGGAUGCAAGAACGGGCCGCCUGUAGAAGUUGGCCAAGGGCCUCCCAGUUCCCUUGGGGGACAGCUGAGUCUCUCCGACCACAGAUUCCAGGGACCUGAUUUUGCUUGAUACAGGAAUGUUGGGUCAGACCCAGAUUUCAGGAAGCUCGUGAGCCCAGAGACCACGGAUGGACACCCCGAAGCAGCCAAUGCUGAUGAAGAGAGAGGCGAUUUUGCAGAAGAGUGCAGGGGCCGGAUCCGUCCCAUCAUGGGCCAGGAAAGCAUGCCUAUUGUCAAGUAUCCAAGGGCAGUCGAGCCUCUUUGGUAUGAAUGGGACAAGAAGGCGCAGAAAUGUGGACUGAGGCACACAGUUUAUGCCGUAAACGGGGAUCGUUACACCGGAGAAUGGCUGGACAACCUCAAACACGGAAAAGGUACCCAAAUAUGGAAAAAAACAGGGGCGAUCUACAGCGGAGACUGGAAAUUUGGGAAGAGGGACGGAUACGGAUCCUACAGCCGCCCUGACCCUGUAACGAAAGAUUAUAAGAAAGUGUACGCAGGCUGGUGGAAAAAUGACCAGAUGUGGGGUUAUGGAAUUAGGUUCUACUCAGAUUUGGAAUAUUACGAAGGGGAAUGGCACGCCGGGAAGAGAAACGGCUGGGGACGGAUGUAUUACCGAGACGGCUCCAUUUACGAAGGCCAGUGGUCAGAGGACGAGCCGAGUGGAGAAGGGAUGCUUCGACUAAAAAACGAAAACCGUUACGAAGGCUGCUGGAAAGAUGGGAAGAAACACGGGCCCGGGAGAUUUAUCUACUUAGACACUGGGCAACUCUACGAAGGUUAUUGGGUGGCGGACAUCCCAAAGUGUGGAACCAUGAUUGAUUUUGGUCGCGAUGAAGCUCCUGUGCCGACUCAGUACCCAAUCCCCAAGAUCGAACUGCUGGAUCCUGAGGGCGUGAUUGAAGAGGCACUCCAGAUGUUAGAGAAAAUGGAGGAAUUAAAUUCUCAGCCACAGAAAGAAAGAUGACGGCCAAUAACUACGAUUAGGACCUCUAUUUUUUUCCUGUUUCAACCCCAGAGAUAACCAACAUUCACCAAAUGCAACCAAUGUACGUUCAUAAAGAAUGCUUUUCCCAUAUACUAUAUAUAUAUAGGUGUAGGAUCUUUUCCUAAUUAGAAAUAUGGGGAAAUUCUCAUCCCUUAUGAACUUCCUGGAAUCUGGACACAGUGGGAUUGAACAGACCAUCCACGGGGACCCUCUUUCAGCUCAAGACCUGCUCUGAAUUUCUGAGAGGUACUCCGGGACUACAUUCUAGUGGCGGGUGGGUCCAAAGGCCAAAACGGAGCCUCAGAAACGACCACAUAUUUGAGCUUAAACCUCCUAAUGACGCUUGGUGAGAGAUAUUUCAAAACUUUUAGAAUGGGCAAAUAAACUGGACCAAAACUGGGAAAGGAUGUCAUGGGGAAAGAGGCAUGGCAGAACCUAGAGGGCCGGGUUUCGCUCUUAGGGCUGCAGUUGCCCACCCCUGCUCUAAGGUGUCUCUCUGAAAGGAUUCCUCUUGCAACAGGGUGAUGCUGGAAGGGGCCGUCCACUUAAGUUUUUAAAUGCUGACAAGCCGUUUGGAACAUAAGCCUAUUCAAGGGUGCCUCUGAGCACAUGCAGAAUGCUCUUUCCACAUCUUUGCCUAGCAGUACCCUAGCAGUGCUCUUGUAUUUAUCCGCUUGGGCUGACGGAUCAGGUCUGUUCAUUCAUGAUCUUUGAACUCAGUCAAAAGGGUAUCCUAUUUAACUUUGAUUGGAUUGUCUCCGUUCUGUAAGGUGUGCAAAUUCUGCUAAAUAGUUUAAGAAACGCAGCAAGCAAAGGCCUAAUUUUAGUUCCUAAAAAAAAGUACCGCCCUCCUCCGGGCCCCAUAGAAAAAGAGAUGGGGGAAGAGAAAGGAAAAGAUAAUAAAGAAAAGGUUGUAACCUCAAAGUUUCUUGGUUGUGCUCACUGGGGGCAAAGCACUCUCCCUGACAGAUUAUUUGGGGUGGGGCAAUAGCUAUCAUCAAACGCAUCCAUCAAAAUGAGUAACAGUCAGCGUUAUUCAUUCUUUCUCGACCUGUAAAACGCCUACAGUUAACAGUUGAAAAGAAACACACACA